CCAUCUCAAUAGAAUCAUAAAGGCACCAUAAACAAUCUAAAUAAACAUCUCUAUGUAUGCAAAAAUGUAAAAAUGAAGCUAUUGGUUGUAAUUUUGAAUUAUUAAAAUUGAAAUUGUUUUUUUACAGAUUGGGUUAGUUGCAGAACCAUACUUAAAGGAUAAAAUACCAAAAGGUAUGAAAGAGGCAGGAUCACAGAUAUAUUACUGGAAAUCAAAGAUGACACCAGAAAAACUGUCAGAUGUGGCCUUAGGUGCAAAGGGUGAAAAGAAUUCUCAACAUCAAAUUUUUAUCAAUGUUGGAAAAGUAAUGUUUGAAAACAUAGUGCCAUUUCUAGAAGAUGAAAAAGUAUUUGUGAAAUUGAAAGAAGAUAAUUAUGACAUUGCAUUAGUUGAUGUGUUCCCUCCUGCAUCUCAUAUUUUCAUUAUUCCAUAUAAAUUAAAUAUAACAUUUUGCACACUAUCCACCCAGUACAUAGCUGAGUUUAUGGGGACUCCUGCACUUCCUUCAUUUAUUCCUGAUAAACUUACACCCUAUACUGAACAGAUGACCCUUGAUCAAAGAAUAAUGAACUUUAUAAAAACUCUGAUGCUCGGUCAUGUGGUUAAAACUGCAUUUCAAUCAACUGAUGACUCUUUAGUUAGACUAAUUGUCCCAGAAAGACCUCCUAUUAGCAUCAUUCCAGAUUUGAUAAAAAUGUCAGCAUGUUUUCUAAUAAACACAGAUCCCUUGAUGGAUUAUCAGCGCCCAAAAUUGUCAAAUAUUGUCGAUGUGGGAGGCUUAACAAUUCAACCUGCCAAACCACUCCCAAAACAGUUUGAAAAUUUUAUUUCAAAAUCAAGCGGAUUCAUAAUUGUAUCAUUUGGGUCUAUUGUAAAUUCAAUUGAUGAUGACAUUGCUGAGAAAAUGAUUAAAGCUUUUGGGAACAUAAAGUAUGGUAUUAUCUGGAGAUAUCCUGGAAAUAACACAAUGACACUCCCUAAUAAUGUAAUGAUUGCAAAAUGGCUUCCACAGAAUGAUCUUCUGGCAAACGCAAAAGCUAAACUUUUUAUCACUCAUUGCGGCAAUAAUGGUCAAUUUGAAGCAUUGCAGCAUGGGAUACCUAUGCUUGGCAUGCCCUUUUUUGGAGAUCAGCACUAUAACAGCAUGAGAAUGCAUUAUAAAGGAUAUGGUAUCCACAUGGAUCUACUUCACUUUACAGCAGAUGAACUCAAAAACAACAUUAAUGAAAUCAUAAGCAAUCCUGACUAUACAAAGAGGAUUAAAAAAGCAUCUAGGAUUUUCAAAUCUCAGGAAAAUCCUCGUAAACGUGCUGUAGCUGCAAUAAAACAUGUUGUGGAUUUUGGCUCAGACCACUUGAGGCCAAUCACAGUAGACAUGCCUCUGUGGAAAUUGUGGAUGGUUGACAUUUUUGCUUCAAUAACUCUGGGAAUACUUCUGGUUUUAUUCAUAGCGAAGUUAGUACUUGGCUUUCUCUUCAGAAGAUUAUGGACAUACUGCUUUGGUAAAUUUAAGGAGGACUAGAGUUCCACAAAUAACAUAUGACUAUUUUCAAUAAACAUUAACAAAUCUGAA